UAUUAGUCAAGUAUAACACACUGCAUAAAAUGAUUAAAUGGAUAGAUUAAUCUCAUGUAAAUAUCAGAUGCUUAUUCAGUUGAAGGUUCAAGAAAAUUUCAAUUGAGUCAUCAAAUUUUUAAUCGAAGAAUCAUCAUACGCGAGGAAGGAAGUAAUUAUGAAGCUAUUUGCACGUCCAAAAAAUUUGUGCGAGGCGAUGGCACCAAUAAUAACUCUGAACCAUUUAGUGGGACUUCGUGCUUUUGAGUAUCCUCGUGGUCAGCGAAGACCUAUAUUCAGUCUGAUUUAUCUUUUGUUUCUUUAUUGUUUAUAUUAUGUCGGCUCAACGUAUUUGCUAGAUGAAUACUACGCAAACCUUCGUUUACUAAAGUUGGAAAACGUCCUGUAUAAUAUAUUCGAAAUGAUUAUCAUUUAUUUGGUUUUUGUUAAAUUGUUGCUGGGUUGGUGGUAUACCAAGAAAUUCGAAGCUUGCUAUAGAACAAUUUUCGAGAUCGACGAAACAUUGCAACAGCUUGGAUCGACAAUAAAUUAUGCUAAGAUGUAUUUUAUGAUAAUCGGUGUAAUGAUCGUCUGGUCUAUAUGCAACUUCUCUAUAUGCACUGUGGUCUUCUUUAUAACGUUGGUGCAAUCAAAUGUAUAUAGUACAAUUGGCACUACAGUGUCAUAUUUUUAUGUAUUAAGUGUCGAUACUAUUAUCGUCCUCGAAUUCUGUAUAUUAGUAAGAUGUUUACGAAUGAGAUUCGAACUGAUCAACAAACUCUUACAUGAAAGUUUGUCAGUAUUAUCGGCAAAAAAAAUAAAGUUGGGCUUUUUUGAAGUGAAAGAUUAUGUUAAAAUCAUGAACGUUGAGCGACAAAAGUGUUUGUUUCCUACGAAGAUAUUAUCUCGUUGUGAACAAAAACAGUUACAAGUGAAACCUCGAAAUCGAUCACAAAGACACAAUUCCGUAAUGACAGAAAGUCAAAAACAUAUGUAUCUGUUACAAGUAACCAAACAGGUUCACCUAGAAUUGUGUAAAGUAUCAAAAAACGUAUGUUUUCUCUUCGGCAUACAGACAGCUUGCGAGAUAGGAAUAAUGAUUUUGUUUUUCACCGUAUAUUUUUACAAUUUCUACGUUCGAUAUAUUGUACAACAACACGAAGUCACAAACAAUGUGACACAGCAAACAGCUGUGACAAUCAUACUGAGUAUCAUUAAUAUUCUGAAAAUUAUAUCUUUAUGUCGCCUUUGCAAAACUGCAGCUAAUGAGGCAAUUUAUUUUUCAUAUUAUUAUUUCAAUAGAGGUAUUUAACUAAUAAUU